UACAACCAAAGACUUUCUGGUCUGCGGAAGUGAAUGCAACAAUGUAAACUUGCUCACAGUUUUUCAUAGCUUGAAGUCGUUUUAGAAGUAGAUUGUUAAUAAAAAAGAAAAUACUAAGACACUCUCCACCUCAUUUUGCCUACUGAUUGUUCGUCUCGCACGCUCUGCGCCAUGGAAGCCGCACCAAACCUGCUCAACUUGUUGGAAAACAUGCGCGCGUACGCUGAUCUCCUGCUCAUCGAGGGAGUCGAGCCGCAGUUCCUGCAGAUGGCCAUGUGCUUUGAGCGCUGCCGCGGCCAAUGGCUUCGUGUGGAAGAAGAACUUGGCGGCUGCCGAGAGAUGCUGACCAAAGCCGAAGCUGAGCGGGGGGCACUAGAGGUUAAGCUGAAGCACGCCCGCAACCAGGUAGAUGUGGAGGUCCGACGCCGCCAGAAGGCCGAGGCAGAGUGCGAGAAACUGGAUCGUCAGAUCCAAUUGAUUCGGGACCUUUUGGUCUGUGAGGGAUCUACCAGCCUACAGCUUAACGAGGAGCAACGGUCUGCUUUGGCCUUCCUGAAUGCUCGCACUCUCACAGCCAACCUUAACAACAGUCGAAGGCUGACACGGAUUGAUGAGUCAACCUCCAUCAUGUCAGAUAUCAGCUAUGAUAAAACUGAUGACUCUCUGGACUGGGAUUCCUCCGCAAUCCACACGGUCAGGCUGAGGAAGAGACAGAAAAGACGCUCCUCACGCCUACAUGUGGAAGGUCCUUCAGAUGGUCCAAAGAGAUCCCGCUCAACUGGCCGCAAGUCGGAAAAGGGAAAUGAGUCCAUCGUGGCAAAGACUACUCUGACUGUGCCUGCUGAUGGAGGCCCGAUUCAGGCAGUGUCCACUAUUCAGGCCAUCCCCUACAGAGUCCACGGCACCAGGAAUGCUGUUCACUGGGAAACGGACACAGACACGAUGUCGUGUGUCAGUGAUGCCCCCAGUGCCGCACCUAGUGUGGUCUGCACCCCCACCACUGCCAAAGCCAGCAUGCCACAGAAAGCCCACACCUUCGUCUCCAAAACGGUCAUCAAGCCUGAGAGCUGCAUUCCCUGUGGCAAGAGGAUCAAGUUUGGCAAGCUGUCUUUGAAGUGCCAGGCCUGCCGAGUGGUGGCGCAUGUUGAGUGCCGGGAGAAAUGCCCUCUGCCUUGCAACCCCAUCAGCUCUGCUACACCAACCAAGAAUGUUGAGGGCUAUCUGAGUGAUUAUGCUCCAUCCCAUGGACCUAUGAUCCCACAACUGGUCAUCCAGUGUGUCAACGAGAUUGAGCAGAGGGGACUGCAUGAGACUGGUCUCUACCGUAUUUCGGGUUCUGACCGUGUGGUGCGGGACCUGAAGGAACGUUUUAUGCGCGGAGGGAACAGUGCUCCUCCUCUGGGCCGUGUUGAUGACAUCCAUGCAGUCACUGGCCUGCUCAAGGACUUCCUGCGGAAGCUCAAGGAGCCUCUGGUCACCUGCCGGCUCAACCGUGCCUUCAUGGAGGCUGCAGAAAUUCUUGAUGAGGACAACAGCAUAGCAGCAAUGUACCAGAAUAUCAGUGAUUUGCCCCAGGCCAACCGAGACACUCUGGCCUUCCUGGUUCUGCAUCUGCAACGGGUGGCCCUGAGUCCAGACACUAAGAUGGACAGCACCAACCUGGCCAGAGUUUUUGGCCCUACUAUCGUCGGCCAUGCUGUUACCGACCCCGAUCACAUGACCCUCCUGACAGAUACUCAGCGUCAGCCCAGGGUGGUGGAGAGGCUCCUCAGCCUUCCUGCGGAGUACUGGCGCCAGUUCCUGAUGGCGCAGGACAACGUGCUCCUAGGCAAUCAUGGCUACCACACUCCAGAACAGAAAGUGAGUAUUCUGGGGCCGGUGACGACACCGGAGCGUCAGAUGAGCAAGACUCCCUCCUCCAGCUCACUCUCUCAGCGCGUCAAAUCCACCCUCAGUACUCCCAUUUUUGGGAGCAGGAGUAAGGCAACUGCUCGGCAGGGCAACUUCUUCUCUCCCCUGCUGAAAUGAGGAACUCCCAAGGACCAAAGCUGGGGGCACCACUGUAGAUCCUGCCAGCACUUUAUCCUACUAUGCAACACUCCAGAUAUUUACCAGCAUAUUAUAUCCAUAUUUAAGGAUACUAUAUUUUAACACUUUUUUUUUUUUUAACAAUCAUGUUUUAUUACUUCCUUCUAUAUUUAUGACUAAUGUUUUAUAUUGAAUCUUGGUCCAGAUCAGACAUUGAACACCUAACUAAGGAGCUGCAAACCUCUGGUUAAUUGAAACCAUUUGAGAGCUUGCCAUUUAAAGAAAUAUCCUGCUGUCCCAAAUAGGUGGUAUUCCUUUUCUU